UUUCCUUUUCGCCCACCCUGUUUUAGUCCUGCCCGCUAAAUUCGAGGCAGUCUACCACUCUCGGCGGCGAAGGAACCACCGCGCUAACCUCCUUGAUAUUCCGUCAGACUCCCCUCCACCACCCCAUAACUUCUUCUUAACACUUUUCUACCCUCCUUCUGUUUCCUUUCUUUGUUUUGCUAUCAAUAUUCGUACUUUUGCAUUUCCUCAACUCUCCCAGUUUGCUUUGAGUGAACGCCCAAGCUACGCAUAGUUGAAAAGGAGGAUCAUUGUUAGAUUCCAGAGUUCCUAGAAGCAAAAAGGAGAUGGAGAAAGAAGGGAAUUCCAAAUUGAAUAUCGCAAUCAUACACCCUGAUCUUGGUAUAGGUGGAGCUGAAAGAUUGAUUGUUGAUGCGGCUGUUGAACUUGCCUCCCAUGGCCACAAUGUUCAUAUUUUUACCGCUCACCAUGAUAAAAACAGAUGCUUUGAGGAAACUGUUUCUGGUGCCUUUCCAGUUACUGUAUAUGGAUCUUUUCUACCUCGGCAUAUAUUUUACCGUUUACAUGCUGUUUGUGCAUAUUUGCGUUGUAUUUUUGUUGCUCUUUGCUUGCUGUUCCUGUGGCCAUCAUUUGAUGUUAUACUGGCAGAUCAGGUUUCUGUUGUCAUCCCAUUGUUGAAAGUUAAAAAAUCAACAAAGGUGGUAUUUUAUUGUCAUUUUCCGGAUCUGUUACUAGCUCAGCACACAACUGUUCUUCGGAGGUUAUAUAGAAAACCCAUUGACUAUGUAGAAGAAAUUACAACUGGAAUGGCAGAUUUGAUACUUGUGAAUAGUAAAUUCACUGCAUCUACCUUUGCAAAUACAUUUAAGCAUCUCCAUUUGCGAGGAAUUCGGCCUGCUGUUCUUUACCCAGCUGUCAAUGUGGAUCAAUUUGAUGAAUCUCAUUCUUAUAAGUUGAAUUUUCUAUCCAUCAACCGCUUUGAAAGGAAAAAGAACAUAGAGUUAGCAGUUUCAGCAUUUGCAAUGCUUCACACUCUUGAUGAGCAUGCCUUUCAAAAACUUAUGCUAGCUGAUGCCACUUUGACUAUUGCAGGUGGAUAUGACAAACGAUUGAGAGAAAAUGUUGAGUACUUGGAAGAACUUAAAAGCUUAGCUGAAAGAGAAGGUGUGUCUCACCGAGUUAAGUUCAUCACAUCUUGCUCAACAGCUGAAAGAAAUGCUCUUCUUUCCCAAUGUCUCUGCGUCAUUUAUACACCAAAGGACGAACACUUUGGCAUUGUUCCCCUUGAGGCAAUGGCAGCUCAUAAACCUGUCAUUUCAUGCAACAGUGGAGGUCCUGUGGAAACAGUAAAGGAUGAAGUAACAGGCUUUCUUUGUGAUUCUACUCCUAAAGCUUUCUCUUUGGCAAUGGCUAAACUCAUUCAGGAUCCCCAGAUGGCUAAGAGAAUGGGUGAAGAGGCACGGCAGCAUGUCACUGAAUCAUUUUCUACAAAGAUUUUUGGCCAGCAUUUGAAUCAAUACCUCAUCAACAUUGUUAGCAGCAAGGAGGACUAACAGUCAUGAUAGCAGAUGAUGACCACACCAUUCUUCGCUAUUUCAUAGGAGAGAAUUUGGAGAAAAAGCAUCUCUUGAGAUAUUGAUAAUUUCAGUUGUGUACCUUUGAACUGUUUGUUCAUUUUAUUCACAUAUAUGUUGCAAUACCCAAACUCAAGACAGAUGCAAAGCAUUGCACCCUGGCAGCAAACUUUUUAUCCUCUCUUCCCAUUAAACUGCUGUCCGCAGCUUCAGAGACUGAGUGAAGCAGAGAGUUACUCACCCUGUCUGUCAGGAUCAUCUCAUCAAAAAUUUCAUCAGUAGGCUUCCUUAUUGUGAACACCUACAACAUAACCCCAUAACUGUAAACAUCAGCUUUCUUUGAUAAUAAAUGCCUGAUGCUAUCAUCUGCUCCUUGUUAUCUAAAAGUUUGGAAACACCAAAGUCACUUGCAUUAUUGGCAACCAUAUACUCAUCUAGCAAAACAUUUCUGGGCUUGAGAUGAGAUCACAGUUAAUAACUGGAGUUGGUUGAAGAUGGUGAAGAUACUCCAGUGCUGAUGCAACGUCUAUAACAAUGUCUAGUCUCCGCUGGAUAUCCGAAAAAUAGUUGGAUGAAUACAACAACUUUUCUAAGCUUCCAUUUGGCAUGUAACCGAGGAUUAAGGCUUAGAAUUCAAUGCUGGAGCAACUGCUGAAGUUUGGCAAGAUUUCGAUGACGAUAGUUGCUCAUCAAUUCACAUUCUGCUUCAGAACUCUUUAAGACUCAGCUUUGUUACAAAUUUUGUAAUCUUGUUUGGCCCUUGAAUUGUUCCAUGUUCUGCUUCUGCUCCA